GAAUGGCCAAUUCUCUGCAUUUAAGCGACAACUGCGCUGAAUGAUAAAGAUCCCCUACCCCCAUCUAUUUGUUGCGGGGCUCCCCUUGCCCUUUCUUGGUUGGUAAACCAACCAGCGAUUUACAACAAACAAGUCUCUCUUUCUUUUUUUGAAGGGGAGCAGAGCUAUUUUCCAAAGUAGCCUAUGUUGAAUAACAAUCCACUUUUACUCUUUGGAAAUCCAACGUCCAGUGAUGUCCAAUUUAUGCUAUCAGAUACUAGGAAUAUGUCUUUUGAUAGUCUGUCAAGUACCUCUUCCACUCUUUCUUCAACUAGGUCGGACGCGCAAAGCGCUCCACCUGAGUUAGAGCGGGUAUUUAAUCAAAUCUGCGAUAAAUGCGAAGACUGAGUUCUACUGUCAAAUAGACAAGUACCGCCGGAGUGGACGAUGCCCGACCUUGUUCGGGCUGUUAUUUCCGACGAUCGGAUUGACAGUCCGGGCUUUCUGACAAAUGACUAUUAUGAUGUCAUGUUACAUGGCCAAAAUGCUUGGUUAUGCGAACAGAUUUUUCACUUUUUAGAUCUAAUCAACUAUGUCUUCUAGUUCCGAAAAUGUGAAACAAAAGUUUUUCGAGAAAAGGUCCCAUCCUUCAAUAUCAUGAUUGGGUCGACCAGGCCAGAUCAUGAGUGAAUAGAAAAUCGAAAACGUACAUAGCUGUUCCAGCUGAAAUACUUGGAAUAAUUCUACCACUUCUACUAGGAGUAGCCUUUUUAGUGCUAGCUGAACGUAAAGUAAUGGCUUUUGUGCAACGUCGAAAGGGUCCUGAUGUAGUGGGAUCGUUCGGAUUGUUACAACCUCUAGCAGAUGGUUUGAAAUUGAUUCUAAAAGAACCUAUUUCACCAAGUAGUGCUAAUUUCUCCCUUUUUAGAAUGGCUCCAGUGGCUACAUUUAUGUUAAGUCUGGUCGCUCGGGCCGUUGUACCUUUUGAUUAUGGUAUGGUAUUGUCAGAUUCGAACAUAGGGCUACUUUAUUUGUUUGCCAUAUCUUCGUUAGGUGUUUAUGGAAUUAUUACAGCGGGUUGGUCUAGUAAUUAG